UGUCAGCGCACGGAGGCGUUUGAGCGCGCAGUGUGGCAAAAAACAAAACAAACCAUAUUUCACUGUCUGCAUGAAGUUACAAAAUGCCCGUUCUCUUUGUUCACUCAAAGGAGCCGUUCACGAACAUCACUGUGGCUUUGUCCGUCGUUUCCGUGGGAAAAUGACGUAUUCUAUUGGUGAAUCCAAAACAGCGUGACGGACCGCACCGGCCCAAUAGAGUCGAAUAGAUUAUACCAAGAGAGACAGGAGGAGCUGUGCGUCCGAGGGGGAAAGGAGAGGUCACACAACAAACCAUACAGAAGAUGCUGGAUGAAAAUCAUCACCUGAUACAGUGCAUCAUGGACUAUCAGAGCAAAGGCAAAACAGCUGAAUGUACACAGUAUCAGCAGAUUUUGCACAGAAACUUGGUCUACCUAGCAACGAUAGCAGACUCUAAUCAGAAUAUGCAGUCUCUUUUACCAGCGCCUCCCAACCCCAAUCUAAAUAUAGGUCCAGGUGGUGGAGGUCAGUCUCUGCACUCUCAGACUAAUAUGAAUGAUAGUAUGGGCACUGGCUUGCCACCCACCUCACUAAUGCAGAGCCAAAUGAGCAAUGGCCCCAGCCACGCCCCCACGCAGCAGCAGCCCAGCACAUCCAUGAGCCUGCCCGCCAGCAGCCAUGGCACGGGGCCUGGGUACAGCCACUCGGUGCCUACCUCUCAGGGUCAGGUGGCCUAUUCGUCCAUGGCCUCUCGUGCCAACCUCAACAUGCAGUCCAGCCAAGUUUCUAUGAUGCAUCAGCAAGGCACUGGACCCCAUUACUCGUCCACCACAGCAGGGGGUCAGCAUUACCAGGGGCAGCAGACUGGAAUAAUGGGACAGGGAAACCAAGGGAACAGCAUGAUGUCACAAAGGCCCAUGGGAAGUUAUCGUGCCCCACAGCAAGGAUCAGCCCCGCAGUACAUGGGCCAGGACGAGUUCUACGGAGAGCAGUAUGGACACGCUCAGAGCUCCAGCGAGCCUGUUAGCCAACAGUAUUACUCAGAUGGUCAUGGGGAGUAUUCCUAUCAGCAGUCUUCCUAUGGAGAACAGAGUUAUGAGAGACCCUUUGACGAGUCGUCACAACACUAUUACGAAGGCGGAAACUCUCAGUACAGCCAACAGCAGACGCAGUACCAGCAGGGCUCUGGGACGCACCAGACGUUCAGCCAACAGCAGUACCCGUCCCAAGCCGGCUACAGCGCUCAACCUCAGGGAUACGGUCCAGGGCAGGGCGGCUCUUCCCAAUAUCCUCAGUAUCAGCAGGGCCAGAGUCAGCAGUACCCAUCAUACCGCUCCAUACAGCCAGGACCAGCCGCUCAGUCACAGAGGUCCUACCCUUUUGAACAGGGCCAGUAUGGAAACUAUCAGCAAUAAAGAGACACAUGGUAGGAAACAUGGGUAAUGUUGGGGGCAGGCUUUUGUGUACAUCCCUCUCUACGCUGAACAACAGAGGAUUCUCCACCAGCCCUGGCUCACAGGCUUGAUACGGAAUCAAAAUCAAACUCUAUAAACGGUGACCUUUUCGAGUGAUAAAUAAAUGACAUUUGUUACCAGGGUCUGGAGGUUAUUUUUUAAUCCUACUUUUGUCAUACAGGAUAGCUUAUUUUCUAUACCAGCACACAGAAGCGUCAGAUACUUUUGCUUUUUUGUGGAAUCAUUUGUUUAUUUUGCACUUUAAGUUUUGCCGAUUGUCUGAAUGGACGGGUGAGUGGAUGGCACAAAUGGAAAUAAUGAUCUACCACAGAUAUCCAUUUUUAUUUUAUUAUUUAUUUAGUUUCAUUUAUUUAUCAAGGGAACGCAAAAUUGCAGACAAAGAGCCAAAGUUCAGAUUUACUCAUAUAAUAUGUUGUAUAUAGAUUUCUUUUUUGGAAUCCUCGCGCGUAUAUUUAUUUCUGUGUAUAGUACGAUCUUCUUCUGCAGUUUAAUGCGUGACAUGACGGCGUGAUGUUGUUCUCAUCAUGUUUUAGGCGACUGAGUGUUUAGAAUGUAGACAUUUUCAUGCCUUACACUGUAUACGGUAUCAUAUGAACAAAUGUUAGGGUUAUUUAUGCCUAAAAAAAAAAACAAAAAACAUUUUUAAUGGUAGUUACAGAUGGAUUUACCCAUAAGGGGACAGCACACUCAAAAACUGUGGCAAAUUGACAUUAAAGAUAAUUAUGACUGGCUGUUAAACAGCUUUUAUACCAUAUUGCACAAAUAAACUGUGACAAUCGCGGGAUACUCGUGUUUAUUUAGCUAAAUGUAUUGUUUUCUGUAAUUUGAUUACUGAUAUUGAGUAUGCAUAUGCAGUAUGUAGUAUACGCACUUGUGUGAAAACAUCUAGUUAGCACAAUUGUAAAGACUUUUGUGAUCAUUUAAACAAAUAUCUUACAUCUCCAUCUUCACUGUUCUGUAAUAUAUGGAGGGUUUUUUUUUUAUUGGUCAAAAUAAAAAAUAAAUGAAUUUCCAUCCCUGUC